AUGCUGCAGCAGCUGUUGAUCACGCUGCCCACCAAGGCUGGCACCUGGGUGAAAUUGCAGCACCCACAGAAGGCCAGGGUACGGGAACCCCUGUGGGAAGACGUGACUAAGAUGUUUGAAGGAGAAGCGUUGGUGUCUCAGAAUGCUGAUGAGUGCCAGGAAGGAAGAAGUUUAGAGGAAGAAGUGGCCUCUGGACCCCUGCCCGCAGGAGUCCAGGAUCUGCUGACCUUCCAGGACGUGUCUGUGGACUUCACCCAGGAGGAGUGGGGACAGCUGACCCCUGCUUAUCGGGAUCUGUACCGGGAGGUCAUGCUGGAGAACUACAGGAACCUGGUCUCAGUGGCACCAUAUCUGCUCUCCAAACCAACCGUGAUUUCCCAGCUGGAGAAAGGAGAAGAGCCAUGGGCAACAGAGCAAGAAGGCCCAGGAGAUCCCAGAGCAGACUUGAAGAGUAAAAGAGAAACCAGCGUAUCAGCAGCAAAGAAUGGCAUUUUACAGGAGCAGUUAUGUCGUGGCAGAGUAAUGGAAAGAUUCAAGAGGGAUAAUGCCAUUUAUCCAACUUUGAGAGAAAUGUCCAAACAUGAGUUAGAACGGCAUGAGGAAACUCAUGGAAGAGACACAAAACAACCCAUUUUGACUCACAGCAUGAGAGGUCACGAAACGAAUACCUUUGGGGAAAAUAUUGUGAAUUUAAAUCUUAUCGAUAAGAAGCACCGCAAAGGUAACACACCUAGAAAGAGGAACAGAUACAAAUUAAACUUGCCCACUCCUUCAACAAACUGCAUAAGAGCAAAAACCUAUGAAUGUAAUAUAUGUGAAAAAAUCUUCAAGCAACCCAUUCACCUUACUGAACACAUGAGAAUCCACACUGGUGAGAAACCUUUCCGGUGUGAGGAAUGCGGAAGGGCCUUCAGUCAAAGUGCAUCCCUCACUACACACCAGAGAAUCCACACUGGCGAGAAACCCUUUGGAUGUGAAGAGUGUGGGAAAACCUUCAGACAUCGCUCCUCUCUUAAUCAGCACCAUAGAACUCACACUGGGGAGAAGCCGUAUGUCUGUGACAAAUGUCAGAAAGCUUUUAGCCAGAACAUUAGCUUGAUCCAACAUUUGAGAACUCAUUCUGGAGAGAAACCUUUUACAUGCAGUGAAUGUGGGAAAACCUUUAGGCAGAUCAGACAUCUUAGCGAACAUAUACGAAUCCAUACUGGGGAGAAGCCCUAUGCUUGCACCGCGUGCUGUAAAACCUUCAGCCACAGAGCCUAUCUGACACAUCACCAGAGAAUCCAUACUGGGGAGAAGCCCUACAAAUGUAAGGAAUGUGGGAAAGCUUUUAGGCAGAGGAUACACCUUAGCAACCAUAAAACUGUUCAUACGGGAGUGAAAGCGUAUGAAUGUGACCGCUGUGGAAAAGCCUACAGGCACGAUUCGUCCUUCAAGAAGCAUCAAAGACACCACACUGGAGAAAAACCAUACGAAUGUAAUGAAUGUGGGAAAUCCUUCAGCUAUAAUUCAUCACUUAGUCGCCAUCAUGAAAUACAUAAGAGGAAUGCCUUCCAAAAUAAUGUGAAGACAUUACUCAACAUGAAGUGA